UUUGUUAAAAAAAGAAAAAUUGUUCUAUUAUAGUGAUAAAAGUCAUAUUUAUUAAAUGAAGUAUUAAUAAAAGUGUUAACAAGAAUAAGAGAAACAGUACGAAAAUAAUUUAGAAAACAAUAGAACCAAGUGAUCUUCAUGAGAGUAGAAACGUGCAGCACAUUUACAUACCGCAUGCAGAAAUUGAUCGUUUAUAGAAAGUAGGGGCAGUGGAAAAGGAAUUACGCACUCUUGUCAUCUGAAGAGAGCUGAAUUAAACCACAAACAACACACACCUACCUACAUUAUCAUAAAUAAAUACAAUAAUAACAACAAAUUAUUAAUAGAAAUCUAUAUUGACUGACUGACUUUGUAUUCAUUUCUCUGAUACCGUUAAAUUCAUUUGCAAUUUAUUCGCAACUGCAUUAAAAUCACAAACAAACAAGCGAACAAUUAAAAUAAAAAUUGCAAUUUUAAAAAUAUAAAAAUAAAAAAGAAAAACAUUGUGCAAAACAAUAAAUAAUGCCAGAUGUAAAGACAACAGUUUCACUUACUAGUGCUACAGUGGAAAAAAUGUCUCGCCAUGACAUGUUGGAGUGGGUCAAUAGCACCGUACAUGGACAAUAUAAAAAAAUAGAAGAGCUGUGCUCCGGAGUGGCAUAUUGCCAAAUGAUGGAACUUUUGUUUCCCAAUUCAAUUGGUUUGAAAAAAAUUAAAUGCAGUGCAAAGUUGGAACAUGAAUUCCUGCACAACUUAAAGCUAUUCCAAGCUGCCUUUUCAAAACUCAAUUUCGAUAAAUCCGUACCCAUUGAUCGUUUAAUAAAAGGAAAAUUCCAAGAUAAUUUUGAGUUCUUACAAUGGUUUAAGAAAUUUUUCGAUUCUCAUUCGGGUGGUAAGGAGAAUUUAAAAGUGCCAGCUGCCUUAGCUGCUGCCGCACAAAAUGCCCCCAAGCCUAUAAGAAAACCAGGAACGCAGCCAUUAAGUGGCGGAGGAACUUCAAGGUCAGCAUCCACCAAAACUGAUGUGUUAAAAACACCCAAGAGUGGUCAACAUGAGGAAAGAGUAAUUUCACCAUCAAGCCUACGUGUGCUGCAGGAAACACAAGAACAAUUAACCGAACAAAUGUUGAGCAUAGAGCUGGAGCGGAAUACGUACUAUAAGAAACUAGCUGAUAUUGAAGCCAUUCUAAACGAAUCCGUAAAAAAUGAAGUCCAUGUUGAAUGGUGUAAUCGUGCAUUGACCAUACUGUAUGCCGUGGAUGAUAACGCACCCACUGGCGAUGAAGAAGGUACUGCUGAGGUUUAUGCGGCAGAAGCUGGCGUAGAAACCGCCGAUUUAUAAAGCAUUUAUUAACUAUUCUGUCUUAAAUCUAUUAAUUUCUUUUGAUAUUUAUACAAGUAAUAAAAAACUACACAAUUAAAUAAA